AUGAGUUUAAAGGAGGCACUUGAGACAGAAACUAAACAAGGAUCUUAUAAGAAGCCACUACCAUCUCCAGCAGAAAUAUACGAGUAUCUCGACAGUCAUGUUGUGGGUCAGGAACAUGCAAAGAAGGUGCUGAGUGUUGCCGUUUACAACCAUUACAAACGGAUCUACAACAAUCUGUCAGUUAAAAACAACUCACAGACGCAAAUUAAUGAAGCCAAUGUGAAAAAUGAGCGAAAGGAGAAUGAUCAAUCAGGUUCUGAAUUAGCUACACUAAACAAGAAGCAUCAGUUGGCGCUAACAAAGAGCAAUAUAAUGUUGCUCGGGCCUACAGGUUCUGGCAAAACGUUACUUGCGCAAACAAUAGCACAAUUCCUAGAUAUCCCUUUUGCCAUCUGUGAUUGCACCACUCUUACCCAAUCCGGUUACUACGGCGACGACAUCGACAGUAUUAUAAUUAAGCUCCUUCGAAAUGCUGACUACGUAGUGGAUCGUGCUCAAGUGGGCAUCGUUUUCUUGGACGAAGUCGACAAGAUAUGUGCUAUCCGUGGAUACUCUCGUGAUGUAGCUGGAGAAGGUGUGCAGCAGGAAUUGCUAAAGAUGGUAGAGGGAAAGAUUAUGAGUGUACCACAGAAAAAUUUUUCUAGAAGAGAUGAAAUAAUGUUGCAAGUGGAUACUAAAAAUAUCCUUUUCGUUGCAUCCGGCGCUUACGUCGGUUUGGACAAGUUGAUAGCGCGACGAAAGUCGGAAAAAGAUACUGAAUUUGCCGCGACAACCGCGAUCGAAAGUUCGGACAAGAAAGCAACGACUUUGCCCAACAUCACCAACAUGUCACUUUCUACCGAAAGGAAUAUUAAGGAGAAAGACAUGCUAUUACAACAAGUGGAAUUUGGAGAUCUUAUUAACUUCGGCAUGUUACCUGAAUUUAUUGGUAGAUUCUCCGUGCUCGUACCUUUGCACAAUCUUGACAAGAACAUGCUAGUAAGAAUUCUUACAGAACCGAAAAAUGCCAUUGUUUCUCAAUAUCAGACAAUGUUCAUGAUGGACAAGGUGGAGCUAACGUUCGAUCCACAUGCAUUAAGUGCAAUUGCCUCUUCAGCAAUGAAAAGAAAAACGGGAGCGCGUGGUUUGCAAGCGAUAAUCGAAUCGUUGCUUUUGGAACCUAUGUACGAAAUACCAGGAAGUAACAUACUAUCUGUUCACAUUACAGAAGAGUGUGUGAAUGGUGUCGAAAAGCCACAAUACACAAGAGUGUUUUGCGAAAAAUGCAAAAAAAUGUUUAAGACUGUCGAAGAAUUACAAAAGCAUGAAGAAACAGAGAAAAACUGUGCAUAAUGUACGAAUUGAGCAGUCAUCAAUCCAGCC